AUGAGGGAGUGUUCCGUCAUCCCUUUCAUCCCGUUCCAUCCUGUUCAAUUUAUAAUAUUAGAAACGCAAUCACAUACAUCGCGAAAGGAGACGAAUGCUAAGUCUGAAUUUUUUGAUACUCCAGGCAACUUUGAUUGUUGCUGGAGACAGGAAGAUACUGGAAGCCAUCUUCAAAACUAUGCGGGAAAGUCAGCCCAUGUCGAGCGAACAGCAACAGCAAACAAGCAUACCAUUUCCGCCUUGAUGGAAAGUAUGCCCGCAGGGAGCCUUAUCCAGCUCAACCCCAACAUGCUGGAGAGUCUGGUCCGUGCGGGCAGGCGCAAAAAAAAAGGGCAGUACAGUAACCCACCAACCUCUAAUACCGGGGAAUACCAUGGGCGUAAGUUUGGUAUUCUUACCGGUUUCGCAAUUACGGCGUACGAGACCGUUUGUCGAUAUUGUCAGCUUACCGAACCAGGAAGCGUAACAGCUCGAGAGAGCUCGGCUAUUGCACUUACCCAUGGCGCGUGUCCUGGCUGCUCACACAUUCGUAUGCCCGAAUGGAACGACCAAGAGUGUUACAACGCCGUGCAUUUGCCCCGGUUCAAACCCCGUAUUGAUUACCAAAGCGGCUCUUAG